CACAAAUGGCUGCUUAUGCAAUCAUUUGGUAUCAUUUCUUUUAACUUUUUAACGCUCUAUAAAUACCCUCUCCUAAAUCUCUGUCAUGCUCAUACCUCAUCAUCCUCAGCAAACCCUAAUAUAAUUUCAAUGGCUUACUCCAACUCCGCAAAGCUCUUCUCCGCCGUGAUCUUGGUGUCGCUGCUGCUCAUGCACCAGCCUUCGACAGCAAGUUGCUAUACUGGGCCGAUCAGGUCUCCUCCGGCCACUAUUCUUCCACCUAGAAAGGUUUUACAUGUUGUUUCGAAGAGAUUAGUGGGGGAAGAAGAGCUGAGGACGGUUCCUUCUGGACCAGACCCGUUGCACCAUAACGGCCGUGAUAACCCAAAGAAACCAACCAGUCCGUGACUUACUGACUUAGUUAGUUUAUUAGAAGCCUUGUU